AUGGCUGCCGAAGCUAUUUUAGGAGCCUUUAUGCAAACCCUCUUUGAGAAAAUCUUUGAAGUAGUUCAUGAUCACUUCAAAUCUUGCAGAGGCAUCCAUGGCAAGCUAGAGAACCUCUCUUGCACUCUGUCCCAAUUGCAGGCUUUCCUUGAUGACGCUGAGGCAAAGCAGUUGGCAGAUGCGUCCGUGAGGGGAUGGCUGGCAAAGCUCAAGGAUAUCGCAUAUGACACUGAUGAUCUGCUGGACAGUUAUUCCACCAAAAUUAUGGGUCUGAAGCAGAGACAGAUGGUGCUUCGCACAAAGGCAAGUGUCAGUUCUCCCACCUCCUUCUUGCGUAGGAAUCUAUAUCAGUACAGAAUAAAUCAAAAGAUUAGCAGCAUAUUGGAGAGGUUAGAUAAGAUUGCAAAAGAACGGGACACUAUUGGGCUACAGAUGUUAGGUGGAAUGAGUAGGCGUGAGACCUCAGAGCGACCCCAUUCAAGUUCCCUUGUAGAUAGUUCAGCUGUAUUUGGCAGGGAGGCAGAUAGAGAGGAAAUGGUAAGGCUUUUGCUCUCUGAUAGUGGACAUAAUUCCUGCAAUGUUUGUGUCAUACCUGUUAUUGGCAUGGGAGGGCUUGGUAAGACCACUCUUAUGCAGAUGGUGUACCAUGAUGACAGAGUGAAUGAACACUUUCAAUUGAGGAUUUGGGUUUAUGUGUCUGAAAGUUUCGACGAGAAGAAGAUAACACAAGAAACUCUUGAGGCUGCUGCCUAUGACCAAUCCUUUGCAAGCACCAACAUGAAUAUGCUUCAGGAAACACUCUCCAGAGUGCUAAGAGGCAAGAGGUACUUGCUUGUCUUGGAUGAUGUCUGGAAUGAAGACCGAGAUAAAUGGCUCAGCUAUAGAGCAGCUUUACUUUCAGGAGGUUUUGGAAGCAAGAUAGUGGUAACAUCACGAAAUGAGAAUGUUGGCAGAAUAAUGGGAGGGGUAGAGCCCUACAAACUACAACAACUAUCAGAUGAUGAUAGCUGGUCUGUAUUCAAGAACCAUGCAUUUAGGGAUGGUGACUGCAGCACAUAUCCACAACUGGAGGUGAUAGGCAGAGAUAUUGUAAAGAAACUGAAAGGAUUACCUCUUUCAUCAAAGGCAUUAGGGAGCCUCCUCUUUUGCAAAACAGAUGAAGAAGAGUGGAAAGGCAUACUAAGAAAUGAUAUAUGGGAACUACCAGCAGGGACGAAUAACAUACUGCCAGCUCUACGACUAAGCUACAACCACUUGCCACCAUAUCUCAAGCAAUGCUUUGCAUUCUGUUCUGUGUAUCCCAAAGAUUAUAUCUUCAGGAGAGAGAAGUUGAUUAAGAUUUGGCUAGCACUUGGUUUUAUCAGGCCAUUUAGCAGGAGGAGACCGGAGGAUACAGGCAAUGCAUACUUUACUGAGCUACUAAGCAGAUCAUUCUUCCAGCCUUACAAGGAUAACUAUUGCAUGCAUGAUGCAAUGCAUGACCUUGCUAAAUCUAUCUUCAUGGAAGACUGUGACCAAUGUGAGCAUGAAAGAAGACGUGAUAGUGCUACCAAGAUCCGUCAUCUUUUAUUUCCAUGGAGGGAUGACAAGUGCAUGCAGUCUGGUCCACUAUAUGACUAUAGGAAGUUAAGGACACUAAUCAUUAUGCAUGGACACAAGUCUAAACUGUCUCAAAUGCCUGAUAGUGUCUUUAUGAAACUUCAAUUUCUUAGGGUUCUUGAUUUGCAUGGAAGAGGUCUUAAAGAGCUACCAGAAUCUAUAGGAAAUCUGAAACAGCUUCGCUUCCUAGACCUCACUAGCACUGAAAUCAAAACAUUACCAGCAUCUAUUAUAAUGCUCUACAAUUUGCAAACACUGAAUUUGAGUGACUGCAAUUCACUAAGAGAAGUGCCACAAGGCAUGACUAAGCUCACUAACAUGCGCCACUUAGAGGCAAGCACAAGGCUAUUGUCCAGGAUACCUGGAAUUGGAAGUUUGAUCUGCCUCCAGGAACUAGAGGAAUUUGUUGUCCGGAAGCACCUAGGAUACAAGAUCACAGAGUUGAGGAACAUGGACCAGCUUCAUGGACAGCUUUCAAUUCGUGGCCUCAACAAUGUAGUUGACAGACAAGAGGCACUUGCAGCAAACUUGAGGACCAAAGAACAUCUUCGAACUUUGCACCUUAUAUGGGAUGAGGACUGCACAGUAAUUCCUCCAGAACAGCAAGAAGAGAUCCUAGAAGGCCUUCAACCACAUCCUGAUCUCAAGGAGUUAAUGAUUAAAGGGUUCCCAGUGGUGAGAUUCCCUAGCUGGCUGGCUUAUUCAUCUCUUCCCAAUCUGCAAACUAUUCACAUAUGUAACUGCAAAAGCAAGGCACUUCCACCUCUAGGUCAGCUUCCCUUCCUAAAAUAUCUCGAUAUAGCGGGAGCAACUGAGGUCACACAAAUUGGACUUGAGUUUGCAGGAUUUGGCCAACCAAAAUGUUUUCCAGCUUUAGAAGAACUCCUAUUGGAAGAUAUGCCAAACUUGAGAGAGUGGAUUUUUUAUGAUUCUGUACAGUUGUUUCCUCAAUUAACUGAACUUGGUCUUAUCAGGUGUCCAAAACUGAAGAAGUUACCCCCUCUUCCAUCAACGUUGACAUCGCUUAGGAUAUAUGAAUCUGGGCUGAAGUCACUGCCGGAGCUACAAAAUGGAGCCAGUCCAUCUUCUCUAACGUCUCUAUACAUAAAUGACUGCCCAAAUCUAAAAUCUCUGCGUGUAGGUUUGCUUGCAUGCGGACCAACAGCUCUCAAGAGUCUAACAAUAGCUCACUGUGAACAACUUGUUUCACUGCCGAAGGAGUGUUUCCGUCCUCUGAUAUCACUACAGAGCCUGCAUAUUUACAAGUGCCCUUGUCUGGUGCCUUGGACAGCACUUGACGGAGGCUUGCUUCCCACUUCAAUUGAAGACAUCCGUCUAAACUCAUGCUCUCAAUUAGCAUGUGUACUUCUAAAUGGCCUAAGAUUCCUUCCUCAUCUCAGGCAUUUUGAAAUUGCUGACUGCCCUGAUAUCAGUAACUUCCCAGUGGAGGGCUUACCUCAUACACUUCAGUUCUUGGAAAUAUCAAGCUGUGAUGACCUCCAAUGUCUGCCUCCGAGCCUGUAUGAAGUUUCCUCACUUGAAACACUACUCAUUGGCAACUGUCCUGAGAUUGAAAGCUUGCCCAAAGAAGGCCUUCCCAUGAGACUCAAGGAACUCUACAUCAAACAAUGCCCCCUAAUCAAGCAACGGUGCCAAGAAGGUGGGCUGGAUCGAGGCAAGAUAGCUCAUAUCAGAGACAUUGAGAUUGAUGGAGAUGUUAUUGUACCUGAACAGCUAUAA